CCACAGAUGAAGUAUGAAGAGAUACAAGCUGAAGAAAAUGUCUCCACAGUGGCUCAGUUUGUUCUGCUGGGAUUUUCUGAACUUCCAAACCUCCAAGGCUUUCUAUCUGGAGUGUUCUCCAUCAUUUACAUGGUUAUCCUCAUUGGGAACAGUCUCAUAGUCAUAAUAACCAGGCUGGACCCUGCGCUGCACAAACCCAUGUAUUUUUUCCUGGCACAUUUUUCUAUACUGGAAAUCUGUUAUGUUUCAGUCACUCUCCCGAGGUAUCUGGUCAGUCUUUGGACUUGGGAUAGUAGCAUCUCCCUACUGAGCUGUGCCACCCAAAUGUGCCUCUUCCUUGCAGUGGGAACUGCAGAAUGUUUCCUCCUGGCUGUGAUGGCCUAUGACCGCUACGUGGCCAUCUGCAACCCUCUGCACUAUCCUGUAGUCAUGACCCCAAAGAAGUGCCAUCAACUGGCCAUUGGCUCCUGGCUCGGGGGAAUGCCAGUCCAGAUAGGGCAAACAUGCCGAAUAUUCUCUCUGCAUUUCUGUCAUACUAACCAAAUCAACCACUUCUUCUGAGAGAUACCCCCAAUUCUCAAGCUAGCCUGUGGGAAUACCUCUAUACAGGAGAUAUCUAUCUAUGUAGUAGUGAUGUUGGUUGCUGCGGUCCCUUUUCUGUUGAUACUAGCCUCUUAUAGCAAGAUCAUUUCCACCAUUCUGAGGUUGCCAACAGCCCAAGGACGCACUAAGGCAUUCUCCACUUGCUUCUCCCACCUUCUGGUUGUAGUUUUAUUUUUUGGAACAGCUUCGAUGAUUACCUACUUCAGGCCCAAAUCCAAUCAUUCUGCAGGAACUGACAAACUGCUCUCUCUUUUCUAUACUAUAGUGACUCCCACAUUCAAUCCUGUGAUAUAUACCCUCAGGAACCAGGACGUGAUUGCUGCAUUCAAAAGACUCUUGCUUAAAACAUAG